AUGGAUGCUAACUGUCUUCCAUCGAGCUGCAACAUCUCGCGACGAAAUUCCCUUCUUUUCGAGUACGUGAAACCGUGGCGUCGAAGUCAUCGGUCACACAGUAUACACUGGCGUUCACGGUCCUUCAUGUGCCAGGACAAUGAGGUGUAUGCCAGCCCAACCAGUCUCAAGGAGCCUCUCAAUGUUGGCGGCGCUCCGACCAGAGAUCGCAGCCGAAAGAGCGCCUGUCUUUCAUCCUCCACUGAAGACGUUACAUUUGGCAGGCCAAGCUCGAUCCAGGAGUCGCCGAUAUCUCGCAACGAGCAGAUAGAAUUGACCCCCGCUGAAUUGCCGAAGUCCGAAGAAAAAAAGUACCUCUUUGAUAACAGUGAUAUUUCCGAUGGGACUUUUGAUUCCACGGAAAAUCUGAUAGAUGCUGUGCAGGCCACUGAACAACAGAAUGCUGCACCCCCGCGGAUCGCAGUAACUCCUCAAUCCCCAGUUGCUGCGCCUUCGGAACAGGACUUGUCGCUGACCCGUCACUCUCAACCGGUGCCAGUCUCCAUCACGACAACAACGUUGCAGGACGAUGUGGUUGUUGGUCCCGUGACGUUUUCAAAUGACCUUGAACCUCAAAGUCUGACUGCCCGCACUAGUCGAUCGUUAGAGCAGCCGGUGCAGGAGAAACAAGAGGUGAGCUCUUCAGGCUUCCCGAAACCCGCUAGACCUCCGCCUCCAUCACAGAUGGCGACUCUGAGUAAGAACUCUGGUACUUAUCAGCGUGUUCCGUGCACGGAUAAUCGGAUUUCUGAGCAGGAACGCUUCGGACGAGGUCACGUCUCUGGCACGAAUGGCGCGCUUACUGUCAAACCGCGUACCAAUACGGUCUACUCUGGGCCGGUGCCUUGUCUGCGGUCUAAUAAGAACGGUUACGAAUGCAGUCCUCGUCGGCAACCGAAGGCAGAUGGAAGUCCAGUUCAUCAGCGAACGGGCACACCACAACAGCCGGCUCGUCAUGGAGUUCAUCAACCAAAGCGACACCCUGCGGACCGUACAGGAAUCCCACAUUCUAACUCCUCUCAAGAUUUGCACUCGGAAGAAAUGGCUAAGGAAAUGGUGGUUGUUGGAACAUGUACUGCCCUCUACGACUUUACUAGUAAGUCUUGGUAA